UCGAAAAAAUGUCGGAUUCGGAGUUAAGACAAAUGAUCCUGAACUUUAGGGUGUCUGAGCUACAGGUGUUACUGGGAUUUGCUGGGAGGAACAAGUCAGGAAAGAAGCAAGAACUACAGUACCGAUCCCUGGAAUUGUUGAAACUCGGGAGUACAUCAAUAAAUAUGAAAAUCCAAGAGCUUCAUAAGCAAAGGUUUCCAGCAAAUACAUCAUUGAUAACUUCCACUGACCCAGGCCAUCUCUAUGGUGUUCCACAUCCCCCACCAUCACAUAUAAAAGGACCCAGAGAUUCAAUACCAGGAAAUCAAUUAAUCCCUGGCAGUAGCCUUCACCCUGCCUCAAGCAUUGAUUACUCCUCCCCCAAACACAAUGUGCCCAACAUUCAAAGUGGAUAUAAUAUAACCAAAUAUCCAGUACAUCCUGAUGUUUGCCUGAAACCUUUACCAUUUUAUGACGUUCUUGCUGAAUUAUUAAAACCGAGUAGUUUGAUGCCCACAAAACCAGGGAGAUUUCAAGAAGAUAGCUUUACUUUUCAUUUAACCCCCCAGCAAGCCCAUGAUAUAGCAAUGUCACGAGGAAGCAAAGAUUAUGGAGUUCAAGUCCAGUUACGGUUUUGUCUUCUUGAGACCAGCUGUGAACAGGAGGACAACUUCCCUCCUAGCAUAUGUGUUAGGGUCAACUGUAAAAUGUGCCCUCUCCCGAAUCCUAUUCCUACCAACAAACCUGGAGUGGAACCCAAACGACCUAGUCGACCAGUAAAUAUUACAGGAUUGUGUAGGCUAUGUCCAACUGUUGCCAAUCAUAUUAGUGUGUCAUGGGCAUCAGAAUAUGGUCGGGGAUAUUCAGUAGCUGUAUACCUCGUAAGAAAACUAAGCUCCUCAACAUUACUUUCUCGACUUAGAAGUUCAGGAAUAAAAAAUCCUGACCAUACUAGAGCAAUGAUCAAAGAGAAGUUGCAGCAUGAUCCUGAUUCAGAAAUUGCUACUACCAGUUUAAGAGGAUCUUUAAUGUGUCCGUUAGGUAAAAUGAGAAUGCAGAUUCCAUGUAGAGUCACUACGUGUGUCCAUGUGCAGUGUUUUGAUGCAUCUUUGUACCUUCAAAUGAAUGAAAAGAAGCCCACAUGGAUAUGUCCAGUAUGUGAUAAACCUGCCAUUUUCUCAAAUCUGGUGAUUGAUGGGCUCUUCACUGAAAUCCUUAGUAAAGCUCCCACCGAGUGCUGUGAAAUUCAGUUUCAUGAAAAUGGAAGUUGGACACCUGUGUUACCUAAGAAAGAAAACAAGGUUAUUGGAAGCUCAGUAAUCCAAAAACCUUUACGUCAUCCUUCAACAUCUUCAAAAGAAAAGAAGAAGCCAAAUGUGGAAGUUAUUGACCUAACUCUUGAGAGUAGUAGUGAUGAGGAAGAACUCCCUCCUUCCACAUCUCAGUCUACACAUCCCUUCACUUUCUAUCUGAGUACUGGACAAUCUUCAAGUUCACCAAGCUCUUCUGGAGCACCUGGACCUAUAGUUUCAAUUCCAUCUCCUGCAUCUCCAUCAUCAUCCAACUCUUCUUUGCCUAGUAUCAUCAACUGUCCUCUUCCCCCUAUUUCAUCAUCUGUUUCCACUUCUUCAGUAACGAAGCAUUAUAACAGUUCAUUUCUUUCAGUAGCUUCACCUAUAGACUCAUCCAGUUCGUCCUCAUCGUCAUCUGCUGCAUCAUCUACUGGAAUUGGUUCCACUUCACUCCCACCUGUUCCGUCAUCUCUCUGCCCCAGUAUACCUGUGAUGGAUACAUCCACUCCUCCAUAUUAUCCUCCAGUCUCUAGCCCAUACUCUGACUUAUUAGUUCCUCAUUCAAGUCAUGUCAACUCUUAUCCAAAUUUUUCUGACCUAUAUACAAUUCUGGGUGGCUCUGAAAGUGAUCGACAGUUUGACUCCCUGUUUCAACAGAUGCCCUCUUCUUCAUCUACAGUUGUAAGUAGGCCAAACACAACCCCUCCUGAUGUAAUUUCCCUGGACUGACUGAGUCUGACCAUAUGUCAUUGACUACUAACAGAAACAAGGAACAAAAAAGAAAACCCAGUUUGGGAGAAAGUACCUGUCCUGUGUAUCAUUAUUGUAAUGCAUUUAUACACGGUGUUUCUAAAUAGAAGUCGGCAUAUAUAUAUAUAAAUAUUUGUAACCAUCUACAGAUAUGACUGAUAAAUCACACACUGUACCACACCAUUGUCUUAAUCACCUCUAGAUUAUCAUUCUCUGUACAUGAGCUUUGUAAGACAUACUUUAUGUAAUGGAGUUUUUGCAAAGUUAUAGCCCAAAUGCAGUUGUGUUUUUACCAUUUUUGGUACAUAUCCUGUGUCUUUAGCUUCACAAUAACCACCAUCAUUGAGUACAUCUUUCUAACUUUGUGAAAGUUUUACAGAAAGGAAAAAGAUAUUUUAUAACUGAGACAUUAUGAAAUCACUAUCAGUUUCACAUAGACUGUAUGUUAUUCAACUAUAAUAACUUCUGUGACUUGUUUGUAUUUCAUUGUUAAAAUGUUUAACAGACAGUGACUAUUAUCACUUUCCUUGUUAGCCAUUUAUGCAAGUAUUAACCUAAAUGUUGUAAGUAAUAUUAAAAAAGAAAAGUUCAUAGUAAAAAGGUAAGAUUUUACUAUCCACUUCAAAAGUCUGAACAGUUUUCACAUGUAUAGGUAAUAUUGAAUUGUUGACCAUAAUGUUUCAGAUAAUUACUACUCUAAUGCAAAAUGUGAGAAUAUUUUGUAAGUUGAAACUGUUAAUUCUUGGAAUACAAUUUUCAACUUUAUAUUUUUAUUUAAUGCAACCUGUAGCCCCAUCUUUUUGUGUUAUAUGUUGAGACAUUGAUGUACUAGAUAGAGAACCCAGUGAGUUAAUGCUAUAUGCAGCCCCAUUAUUUUGUGUUAUAUGUUGAUCUAUUAUUUGUAGACAUUGAUGUACUAGAUAGAGAACCCAGUGAGUUAAUGCUAUAUGCAGCCCCAUUAUUUUGUGUUAUAUGUUGAUCUAUUAUGUGCAGACAUUGAUGUACUAGAUAGAGAACACAGUGAGUUAAUGCUAUAUGCAGCCCCAUCUUUUUGUGUUAUAUGUUGAUCUAUUAUGUGCAGACAUUGAUGUACUAGAUAGAGAACCCAGUGAGUUAAUGCUAUAUGCAGCCCCAUUAUUUUGUGUUAUAUGUUGAUCUAUUGU